CACUUCCGGCCACCGGGAGCCGGCAUCUUGUAGGUGGCGAGAGAUCCCACAAUGAGCGGCACGGAGCGGGGCGGCCACAUGGAACUUAUCUCCAGCCUGAAGGAGACAGCCAUCGAAAAAUACGAAGAACUUAGAAGCGAAAACAUGAAAACCAUGGAAGAGUAUGAGAAGAUGAAGCACGAGCGAGAUGACGCCGUCAGAAAGUUGGAAGAGUUCGGCAAAAUUUCACAUAAAGUCAUCGAAGAAGUCAGUUUCAUGCAAAACAAUCUGGAGAUUGAGAAGACGUGUCGAGAGAGCGCUGAAGCUUUAGCCUCUAAGUUAAACAAAGAGAAUAAGACCCUGAAGCGGAUCAGCAUGCUGUACGUGGCCAAGCUGGGCCCCGACGUCAUCACAGAGGAGAUCGACCUGGACGAGGACGAUUCGGCGUGUGAGGCCGCUGUUUGCGCGUCGCUUCAGUGUCAGCGCAGGAUUAAAGAACUUCAAGAGCAAACACUGGCCGCCAACGAAGAAAAGCGAGUCCUGGAGAGCGAGCUGGAGAGCCUGCGCGCCAAACUGCUGGAUCUCAUGGAAGAGGUAAACGUCACCCGAAAGCAGAACGUCUCCCUGAACAAGGAGGUUUGCGACCAGCGGAAGCUCCUGCAGAAACUGAACCGAGUGUCGGUGAUGGCCGUGGAAGAAUACGAAGAGUUACAGAGCAGUCUGGAGAUGGAGAAGGACCUGCGUGAGAAGGCCGAGUCGCUGGCCCACGAGAUGUACAUCGAACAAAACAAAUUAAAGCGACAGAGCCAGCUGCUCCUGCAGACCUGCGCGCCCGGAGAGCAACUCGCGCAGGCGCUACAGGAGAACGCGAAGCUAACUCAGUCGCUGGAGGAAGAAAGGAUCCGCCAUCAGCAGAAGAUGUUGGCAUUGGAGGAGCAGCUGGAGGAGGACAGACUGCGGAAGGAGAUCCGAAGCCUUAAGAAGCAGCUGGAGCUCCUGGAAGAAGAGAGGAAGGAUCUGGAAACAAAGUGGUCGGCGUCCGAGUCCGCCGUCCGGGCCCUCAGACACACGGUGGACGAGCUCCAGAAACGGGUGCAGCAAGCAGAGAACCCGACUCCUCCGCCGCCACCACCACCCCCGCCUCCACCACCACCAACACCGCCCAACGCUAUCCAAUCUUUCAUCUCGAUGAUUCGGAAGAAGCCCAGCGUGAAUGCAAAAAAGGAGGCUUCCCCCCAGCCCGGCUCUGGCGGUCUGGGGGACGUUAAGCGACUGGCUGUCGAGGAGAUGAUGGAUCGCAUUAAGAAGGGAGUCCAUCUGCGGCCGGUGCAGGCCAAUCGCAUGAAGACCAAGCCGGAGGUCUCGGAAGACGCGCUGCCCCCUGCUGGAGGUGCAGGAGACGCCACAGCGGAAGAAAACCCGGCGGCCAGCAGUGCCGUGCAGGAGCUCCGAGGAAUCAUGACCUCCUUGAGCAGUUCCAGUGGGAAUAGAGCCUUGAAAGGGAUCGGCGCGGCCUCCACCGAAUCCGAGCUGGAAACCAUUCUACGGCGCAGAAAAGUGACCUCAGAGCAAGACGCAUCGAGUCGGACGGGGGCUCUGACCACCCUGGAGUCCAAAUCUAUGCCGGUUCUGGGCUCCACGGCAAAUCCAUCGCUCAGCCGGAACGCCGAAGACGUCCCUCGCGCAGGUCCAGCGUCUCAGUCCGUGGAGACCUUGGGCUUUGUCGGGAAGCAGCUGGACUCCGAGUCAGACGUCUCCUCGCAAACCAGCGACGCUAAAACUCAGGGAGCGGAUGCAGAAGACGGCAGCCGAGGGAACAAGAAAGCAGGAGAGGCAAACAGCUCGAGCUGCUGAGGGGUUUCAGAUUAUGACUUCAGUCCCUUUUUUACAAUCUAAAAAGAAA